UCGGUUUUUUAUGAAUACACCUGAAAAUAUUAACCUGAAUCACAUUGGAUUUCGUCUAUUUAACCAAUUGUAAGUUAUCUUUAAUAUAAAAGUAAGAAAAGUUAGCACAUUGUUGUCAAAAAUUUACUUAUUGCAAAUUAAAGCUAUUUAAAUAAAAAUAUUGUUUCUUACACUAAAUUUCACGUAUGUAUUGUAAUAUUUAUGUCGCUUACAUUAUCAUUUCUGUGCUCAAGCCACAAGUUUUGGCGCUUACAUUACAUUUGCUUGACGGUUUAGGACGAAUCGGGUGUUUACAUUAAGACGCUCGUUAAUAGUUUCUAGGCUAUCUCUUUUCUUUUCACUUGUUAUGCGUUAGCUAAGAGCGAGACAAUCAUACAUUUCAUGGUAAGCAACAAGUAUCACCGUAUGCGUUUGUUUAUGAUUUGUUAUUGUGAUCAAUGGUCGGUUUGUUCUAGCAACUCGUGAUAAAGACAUGUGUGUUGUGAUUUAUUAAUGCUAAAAUAAAAAUGAAUAAGUUAAGUGCAUUAAUAUCGCGUAAAGAACAGUUACUAAAACAGCGUGAAGCCUUGCAAAGGAGACAACAGAUAGAUUUCAAAGAUGGCAGUAAUAGUGAUAUUGUCGAGGAGAGCGACACUGAGAUGUUCCCAAAAAUUUCCACAAGCAACGAUUCAAUAAAUACGUCGACUAUUUGCUUGCCUUUAGACCAUUCAUUUUUUCGGCCAUAUAGUGGUGAUGAGCUCAAUCAUGCUUCUACUAACAACAUUAACCCCAACGCUUCACCAACAACUCCUUUGCAAGAAGAUAAGGAAAAUAGCAUCUCGGAAUUUUUUCAAGGCAGUGAUAGUUUAUGGGACAUGCGCUCGCAUCGACGGCCGGACGCAACUGAGGCGCGCGCAGGCGGCGCGCACGUUUAG